CGCCGCGGGCAGCACCGCCCCCGCUCCCCGCCGGUGCCCGGUGCCGCGGCCCGGCAUGGCCCCGCUGCUCGCCGCCGCCUGCCUGGCCUUCACCCUUGCCAUGUUCGGGACCGGGCUGUCCGACCUGCGCCAGAUGUUGGCAACCAAGAGUGUGGAGAACAUCCAGUUCCUGCCCUUCCUCACCACCGAUGUCAACAACCUGAGCUGGUUGGGCUACGGCUGCCUGAAGCAGGACUGGACGCUGAUCGCCGUCAACACCAUCGGGGCGGCACUGCAGACCCUCUACAUCCUGGCGUACCUCUACUACAGCCCUGUGAAGCGCCCAGUGCUGCUGCGGAGCCUGCUGCUCCUGGCUGUGCUGGCCGCCGGCUAUGGCUACUUCACCCUCCUGAUUGCCGACACGCGGACGCGCCUGGCACGCCUGGGGCUCUUCUGUAGUGUCUUCACCAUCAGCAUGUACCUCUCGCCACUGGCUGAUCUGGCCAAGAUUGUCCAGAGCAAGUCGACGCGCUGCUUGUCCUUCCCCCUGACCAUCACCACUUUCCUGGCCUCCACCAGCUGGACGCUCUACGGCCUGCAGCUCCACGACCCCUACAUCAUGGUCCCGAAUGUGCCGGGGAUCAUCACCAGCGUUGUGCGGUUCUGGCUCUUCUGGAAGUAUCCGCCGGGCCAGGACAAGCCCUACAGACCCCUGUAUGUCUGAGGGGGGCCCCACUGGCCCCCCGAGGAAGGACCUCAGAUGCUGGUGGACCAGUGAAGGAUCCCGCCCCCAACCCCUGCCAGUCUGCUCCAGUGUGGACUGGCCCCAGCCACCGAGCCCCAAGUGCCACCGUGGUGCUGCUGUCCCCCUCGGCCAAGGGCCGCCAGCUCCUGGCAGGAACGGGGCCCCAGGAGGGCACCUCCUGCCUCUACCACCAUGGUUCUCCCUCUCUGGCAUCCCUCCAGCCCUUGGUCCUUCAGUGAUGAUGGUUGGGUUGGUCUCAGCGAUGCCUUUGGGGUGCUGGGAGCCCCCUCACCCAGGGGUGCUACAUGCCACAUGUCCCCAGGGACCGCUGGACAGUCUUCCAUGCCCAUGGCUCUGCCCCAGGACCAGGCUGGGGGCUUCUGGGAAGCCCUGCGUCUCUUUUGUACGAAUUUAAGUGCCUUUUAAUAAAUCAGAGACUCUUCCCA